ACUUACAGUAUGUAGUUAUGCUAGGAUACCUAUCUGUUGUGUUUAUUUGAUUACGAUUCAAUGUCGCUGGAUUCCGCAAAUUAAUUAAUGCAAUACUGGCACUUUUCCAAGACCUUCCUCCGGAUGAAAUAAAAUUGAUCUUAGACUCCACACACCGACAGCAAAAGAAAAUUUUGUUGAUCUCUUCGAUUUUUUUGUUACUUGGGAUCAUACUUCAAUUUAACAGCGGAUUUCCUCUUAGUUUCAAUUUAGUGGCAAUUGGUUAUUUCGUAAUCAGUACUUGGUUGUUGAUUUUAGCUAUUACACAGUACACAUUUUUUACAAUGGUUCUGCGAGGAAUAUGCGAAUAUACAAACGCUUUCUUGUUGAAUACUGCCCCAAAACAGAAAUCACUGAGCCCACCUAAAGCUACUUUCUUCCUGAAUAAACUGCGCGGUAAAAUGUGCAAUGUCCAAACGAUUUCUUGUGAGUUGGGUAAUAUUUAUGCCUUGCUUAUUAGCAUCACAAUAUUGAGCGUCAUUUCUGACGGGAGCUUGGAAAUUCUGGAAGUCUACCAAUUCUUGCAUGAUAUUUCUUAUUCUUGGGGCAGUUUAGUUUCGUUCGGGAACUUCACAUGGUUUUUCUUUCUGUUUGCCCAUAUCAAUUGGUGGAUUGAACCCAUAGCUGAAAUCCGUAGUCUGAUGGUUGAUAUUGCCCUCACCUUGUGCAAUUUCAAUGACAGUCGAAUAUACGAAGCGGCAGACAAAUUUUCUAUCCUUAUGGUCAUUUUAAAUCGGAAGGAAGUGGCAUGCGGCAUGAUGUCUCUGGAAAUGUCAGUCGUUGUAACGGCAAGUACUCGAAUAAGAUUAAUGCUAAUGAAUGACUUAAAAUCUUAA